AGCGACUGCAGAGGCGCUGCGCCAAGCCGGGCCGGAGCCGUGCGAGCCGGCGGGACUGCGGGGGGCGAGUGGUCUCAGCCCCGGGGACACCGCCCAUCCCGCCCCUCACCCGGACCCGCAGCCUCAUGGCCAUGUCCUUGCCGGGGAGUAGACGAACCCCUGCUGGAUCCCGCAGUGGGGGCACUUUGGGCCGCAGCGGCCUGGCAGUGUUCGCCCAGUGCCCACAGCUGCCCACCAGCCAGAAUGAGCACCUGCCUCUUCUCCCCGCCUCCAGGCGCACCUCUCCACCCGUGAGCGUGCGGGAUGCCUACGGCACCUCCUCCCUCAGCAGCAGCAGCAACUCUGGCUCCUGCAAGGGCAGUGACAGCAGCCCCACACCCAGGCGCUCCAUGAAAUACACAUUGUGCAGUGACAACCAUGGCAUCAAGCCCCCUACACCGGAGCAGUACCUGACCCCACUGCAGCAGAAGGAGGUGUGCAUCCGGCACCUGAAGGCCCGGCUCAAGGACACGCAGGACCGACUCCAGGACCGGGACACAGAGAUUGAUGACCUGAAGACACAGCUGUCACGCAUGCAGGAAGACUGGAUCGAGGAGGAGUGCCACCGUGUGGAGGCCCAGCUGGCCUUGAAGGAGGCCCGAAAGGAGAUCAAGCAGCUCAAGCAGGUCAUCGACACAGUCAAGAACAACCUGAUUGACAAAGACAAGGGACUGCAGAAGUACUUCGUGGACAUCAACAUCCAGAACAAGAAGCUGGAGACGCUGCUGCACAGCAUGGAGGUGGCCCAGAAUGGUGCUGCCAAGGAGGAGGGCACUGGGGAGUCAACUGGUGGCUCCCCUGCUCGUUCCCUCACCCGCAGCUCCACCUACACCAAGCUGAGCGACCCAGCUGUUUGUGGUGACCACCAGCCUGACGAUCCCCACAGCGCCUCUGCUGAGGAUGGAGCUGACAGUGGCUUUGUGGCUGCUGAUGACACACUGAGCCGGACGGAUGUCCUGGAGGCCAGCAGUCUGCUGUCAUCCGGGGUGGACUGCGGCCUGGAAGAAGCCUCGCAGCAGAGCUCCUUCAACCUGGGCCCCCGCUUCCCUGCCAGCAACACCUACGAGAAGCUGCUGUGUGGCAUGGAGGCUGGCGUGCAGGCCAGCUGCAUGCAGGAACGGGCCAUCCAGACAGACUUUGUGCAGUACCAGCCUGAGCUGGACACCAUCCUAGAGAAAGUGAGCCAGGCCCAGGUGUGUGGGACAGUCCCUGAGGACUGGCACCCAAGACCAGAUCCCCAACCCCCAGGGCCCAGAGACUCUAACUCAGCAGUGGUGGUGACAGUGGGUGACGAUCUUGAGGCCCCGGAGCCUAUCACCCAUGGGCCUACCGCACACCAGCCUGGAGCCAACCCCAGCCCUGGGCUAUCGGUGAGCGUGGUGUGCCCUGUGGAAGACGAGGAGGAGGCCGCCACAGCCUCAGCUGAAAAGGAGCCCAAGAGCUACUGGAGCCGCCACUACAUCGUGGAUCUGCUGGCUGUGGUUGUGCCAGCCGUGCCCACGGUGGCCUGGCUCUGCCGCUCCCAGCGGCGACAGGGCCAGCCCAUUUACAACAUCAGCUCCCUGCUGCGGGGCUGCUGCACCGUGGCCUUGCACUCCAUCCGCAGGAUCAGCUGCCGCUCACUGAGCCAGCCCAGCCCCAGCUCGGCAGGUGGCUCCCAGCUCUGA